UUAUCUAGUGCUACAUACGCUACAUACGUACAUUUGUAACACAUACAUACUUGAUUUAGUAGAUCGAUAAAAGUCGUCAUUGUUCGGAUAGGAUCGUUUGACCAAUCGAAGACUUCAAAAUAAUUUAUAAGCAUUGGCGCGGAAAUUUAAAAAUUGAUUUUACAAAAAUUACUUACACCGCCAUCUGUUACGGAACUUGAUGAAUCUUAUGCUCAAUAGAUAAAUGCCAUGAAGCGGUAUUUAGUGCUCCAAAAACAGUGAAUAAAGCUUUAUAAGUAUCAAUAAAUUUUUUGUUUAAAUUAACAAUUACGAAAUUUAAUUUCAUCUUAGCUGUUUAAUAACUUAAUUACUAAUUUUUUUACAUUUUUUAAGUGUUCUGAAUUAUUAUUUGUUUAUUUUAUCUAGUCCAAUUUAUUUUAAUUACAAUGAAUUCACUUAUUAUAAUUACCUUGAGAAAAUCAUACUAUAAGAUAUUUGAAUGAAUUUUCAUGAUAAAUAUUUGUCUGUAAACAACCGUUGGAUUAAAGUGAGGUUAUAUUAUCGAAACAAUAGAUUAUAUUAACUAUGCCAAAGAUGGAUUCAGAUUAUGAUGAAGAGCGAGGGGGAUGGGGAGAUGAUAUCGGCCGAGGAGAUGACGGUGGAAAUGAAGAAGUCUUGGACAAUCCCCAAGAAGUUCUUCAACAAUGUUUGGAUAAAUUUAAAACACCAGAUUAUAUUAUGGAACCAGGAAUUUUCACUCAGCUUAAAAGAUAUUUUCAAGCCGGUGGAAAUCCUGAGCAAGUUAUUGAAUUGCUUUCAAAAAACUAUACAGCAUGUGCUCAAAUGGCUAAUCUUCUUGCUGAAUGGUUAAUUCUUGCUGGAGUUAAAGUUACCGAUGUUCAAGCAAUGGUAGAAAAUAAUCUCAAAGAUAUGAUCCUAAAAACAUUUGACCCUAAAAAAGCUGAUAAAAUUUUUACUGAAGAAGGAGAAACUCCAGCUUGGUUAACAGAAAUGAUACAACAUCCUACAUGGCGAUCAUUGAUUUAUAGACUAGCUGAAGAGUAUCCUGAUUGUUUGAUGUUGAAUUUCACUAUAAAAUUAAUCUCUGAUGCUGGUUUCCAAGGAGAAAUAACAUCUAUUUCAACAGCUGCACAACAGAUUGAAGUCUUUUCACGUGUACUAAAGACUGCUAUCGCAGGAUUUUUACAAAACACUGAAAAUUGGCAAACAAGUAUCCAAGAAUGUGCAAAAAUGGUUUGUCAUGGUCAACAUACCUACGUUUAUAGCCAAGUCUUACUACAGAUUCUUGCGCAAGAACCACGAAGUGGUUUUAUGAUGAAAAGAUUAUCGCAGGAAAUUACUAAGUGUGCUCAACAGAAUCGUCAUGAUGUUACUCCAAUAACGAUGGCUUUAAAUGGAGCUGCAAGCAGUCCUGCUGCAUGUUUGGCUUUAGCAUCAAUGUUAUCAAGGAAUACAUUAAAUCCUGCAGAUAUUUCUGUUUUAUAUAGACACUAUUCUUCCACAGAACCUCCUCCAAUAGAGCUUGUUCGAAAUCCUCAAUUCUUGGAGCUUCUUGUUGACGUCCUUUUUAAACCUGGAGUAAAAUUAAACCCUGAACAUAAAUCUAAAUAUAUUUAUCUGCUUGCUUAUGCAGCAAGUGUUUGCGAAACUUCUCCCAAGAAAGGUAACGUGAGAAAAUUGAAUAAAGAUGAACUAAAAACAACCAUUCAAGCUAUCGAAAAGGUCCACAAUAUUUGCAAUAUCAAUAAAGGAUCUACAGAACUUAUUGCUGAAUUAAAUACUCUUUAUCAAUCAAUAAGAUUCCCUGUUGUAAGUGUUGGAAUCAUCCGAUGGGUAGAAUGUACAGUUACUGAACCUUCUUAUUUUAAACUAUGUACUGAACAUUGUCCAGUUCAUUUAGCACUUCUUGAUGAAGUUGUAGCUUGUCACUACCUUUUACAUCCUAAGGUUUUACAACUACUGAUUCAACUAUUUGAAAGUAAACAAGACGAAUUGGAAAUUCUAGUUCAACUGGAAAUGAAAAAAAUGUUAAUUGAUCGAAUGGUUAAUCUUCUGAGUCGUGGCUGUGUAGUACCUGUUGUAUGUUACAUAAAACAAUGCUGGCAACGAGAUGAUACAGAUAUAUCAUUGAUUCGAUACUUUGUAACUGAAGUUCUGGAAGCUAUUGCUCCUCCAUACUCUCAUGAAUUCGUUCAAUUAUUUUUACCUAUGGUAGAAAAUGAAGAGAUAACUGGAACGAUGCGUGGAGAUAGUGACAAUGAUCUUGUUUCUGAAUUUAUUGUCCACUGUAAAGCUCACUGUCCAGUUGUGAGAUGACGAUUCAAAGAUUAAAUUAGAAGAUAUAAUUAAUAAUGAAUUGUGAUGUCUACCAACAUUUAACUUUACAUCUUCAAUAUGGAAGGAAUUAACUUCUCUACAAAUCUGCAUUGAUGUAAAUUAUGUGGCCUCUGCAAAAAAAUUCAUGAGAAACAUCACAUUAUUAUAGAUAUUAGAUAAAUUCGAAUCUUAAUUAAUAUGAUACAUAUGAAAAGGUCCUCCAUUGAGUGAUAUAAAUUAAUUUAAAAAAUUGUUUAUAAAAAAAUGAAUUAUACAUAAAUAAAAUAUAGAUGUUCAAGAGAUAUUUUGCAAUCAAAUGUUAAUCGACAUUUUAUGAAAAAGAAAAAAACAAUUAUUUAUAAAAAAUCAGUCCAUACACUUAUUAAUAAUUAGUGAAAAAAACUUCAGUUAGUUGUUAAGAGGAUUAAUCAAUCAUUUUAAAAACACGGUAACCAAACUUUUAUCUAGCGACUUACAAAUCGAUGAAUUUAUGAUUUUUCAGCUGUAAAACAGUGUGAAACAUGUAAUUAAAUGAUGAUACUGAUAAUUGUCAUUAAAAAAAUAUUUAAUAAUGA